AUGACUUCUUUCGUCGAAGCUACCGCAGUUAAAGCUGUAGAUUCGCAUACCUACUCCGCAUACUUCUACGAUGACUGGUGCAUAGGCUCCGUCCCGCACGGCGGCUUCGUCACCUCCGUCUUCCAGCGCGUAGCAACCACCCACUUCAACACGACCCUCUCCCGCCAAAACCAACCGCACACCCUCGCGCUGCACCUCGAGUUCCUGCGACGGACACAGGUCGGGCCCGCAACAUUCGUCGUCAAAGACGUCAAGCUAGGCCGACAAGCCACCGUCGUCCACGUCACGCUCUUCCAAGACAACCGCGAAGAAGUCGUCGGCUACAUAACGCACAGCAACAUCCCGCGCGAGACGGGCGUCUCCUUCGCCACAGGCUGGUCCCUGCACCCUGCGCCCGCAGCCGUGGAUCUGGCUGCGCUGGCCGCGGGAAGGGAUCAGCACUGGCAGGAGCAAACAAACAUGCCGUUUGCGGCCUUCCGCAAAGCGUCGAGUCGCAUGCGCUUUUUCUUCCCACGGGGAGGACAGCAUCUCAAGAGCAUGGCGGACGAGUGGCUCUGCUUCCGGGACGGGUCGCGCUUCACGAAUGACAGUUUGGGCUAUGUGGCUGAUAUGUGGCCGCAGGUGGUUGAGAGCUACCGGCACGGCGACGAUCCGUACGACGUGCGGGAUGAGAAGGUGGAUAAGUCUCGCGCGGUGAUUGACAAGCCGUUUUGGUAUCCGACGUUGCUGCUGAAUUUGGAUGUGAAGAAGGCGCUGCCGGAGGAGGGGGUUGAGUGGCUGUUUGCGAGGGUAAGGGCGAAGCAAAUCAAGAACGGAAGGUUGGACUUGGAAGUUGUCGUGUUGGAUGAAGCGGGCGAUGUUGUGGCAUUGAGCCAUCAUAUUAGUCUAGUGUUGAGCGCUGAAAGGAAUAUGGCGCAGCGGAGGAAGGCAGAUGAUGGAGGGAGCAAGCUAUAG